GAGCUGGGCAGCACGGGGCAUUUACACCGCGGCGGGACGCUCUCCGUGAUCGGAAMUUUGCUGCUGCACCGCAUACCGAAAUCGGCCGGAAUAAACUUUUAAACGAAAUUGGAAGCAUUCGAAAGCAGRGCUUUCUUUAUCUGCGCAGGACAUGCAUCGGAUAUCUCCUCGUUUUGGGGUGYGUCGUGAGACUUUAUACCAAGCCGAAAUGUCUGGGACCCAGGGUGCUCCUGCCRGGCAAUCCGAAGCUGCCUGUAGUCCUGAUCUGCACUCUAGCAAUCAAAGGGUCUUCCCUAUCAACCUGGAGUUUAAAGUGGUAUCAGUAAAGUGCACAGAAGAAAGCUAUUUCUGUCAAAUUGAAUACUGCAACGGAAGCAUUGCCAAGUGUCCGGAUUAUGUUUUCCCAUGCAUCAACAGCGAGACUUACUGCUACUAUGGAGUGUGUGAGAGUUUUAAGUCAUACUCUGAACCUCCAUAUGGGAAAGAUACAUCACUUCGGGAUGGGCUGCUGAUUUUCUUCUUCCUUGUGCUGCCAGUAGUCAUCCUUGCUGCAGUAGCAGUAAUUUGUUUUCAUGUCAGGCUCAGAACCAGUUCACAAGCUCCUCGUUCCUGUAGAGCCUUUCUCCUGCAUGUUGCUCUCAGAAAUUUUUACUUGAACUGUUUAAAGAUAAAAUUGUCUGGUUCUGUUCUUUUUUCAGAUUCCUUGGGCUUCUGUCAGUUGUUUUUAGAGUGUCCAGUGGAAUGCUGCCUGCAGAGGAAUCGCCUCAGAAGUGAUCCUGUGCCUGAGCAGACAAUACAUUUAAUGGCAAGGAAAAUAGAAAUGCCAGAUCUCAGGAAAAACGCCUGGGAGCAGCACAGUCUCAUUCUGAGUAGUUCUGAUUGCAUCUCAGAGGACAAUGAGCAGAUCAUGAACUUGCUGGUCACUGCUUUGGAAAAUCCAGAGAGGCCAAACGAGGAGGACACAGAGCAAAAGGAGGCAGCUCGAGCCAUCUGUGCAGCCAGUGCUGUCCAUCAGGCUGACCAGGCAUGCAGGAGAGUCAUCUCUCAGGCAAUGCAGGAUGCCAAAGGUAAAAACGUUCUCCCAAGUGAGAUGAAGAGCCUGGCAGAAGAACUCAACAAAUUGAAAGCAGAAUUUCUGGACGACUUGAGRCAAGGAAAGACACUGAAAUAUUCUGACCCUGCUACAAGUGUAAUUUCUUCAUUCCAAUAUGAGGCAACCAAUGUAGUAAAUAAAUAYAUUUUUAAAUAAUGAUAUGGAGAAUGUUGAGUGUUUAGGAGUUGAGUAUUUCAAAUGCAGUACUUGGAGCAUGGCUGCUGAGUGAUCUGAGGUAAAACUCUUCCUUGGCGCCUCUGUGCCUCCUCUUCCCAUGAUAUGGAAGAGGAACAGUCAAAUCAGAUCUAAUCAAACUGUUCUUGGCUGUGGAGAUCAAGCCAAGAGCAAACCAUCCUUGGAAAUUCCAUAGAAUCAGAAAGAGUUAACCCGGGAGGAGCAUUUGGAAAAUCACCAGCUCCACCUAUGGAAGGAUAUGCAAUUAAGAAUUGAUGUGAGACCUAAUUAGAAAGUGUUAUUUUAUUCAUAUCUUACAAAAGCAAAGCUUCACAACAUGAACUACACGAGAUAGAGUUAUUUCAGAAUUAACCUUGUCAUCUCAAAAACGUUCACUAACAUUAAAAUUUAUUUUACAAGUCUAACAGGUUUCAUUUUUGCAUAAAAUCUGCUCUUUACACUGAAAUACAUAUUAUUAACAAAGUAGGUACUUAGAAGCACACACAUGAAAGAUUGCUCAAUGAAAAAUGCUUCAGCAGGGGAGAUUUCCUGCAGCAGAACAUCCAUUUGCUGUAGAUUUUCAAAGAAGCUUARAAUUAGUAGAAAACUUGCCAGUGAAGACUUCUAAAUUACAUUCCCUUCGUCAAAUAAAAAACCAAAAAGCAAACCCACCCAAACAUUCUGUAACAAAACAAACACUAACAGAUUAUUUGGCUGGAAAACACUGCUGGAAAGUGUCUCCCAGCACUGAGUUUUAUAUUAAAAUGUCAAUCAACAUUUU